AUGGCGGGCAACACCUCGGCGGGAGCUGGUGAAUCUUCAGCCCAAGAUCGUAGUGGCAGCCAAGAUUCUGGUGUUUCGGCGCCAAGGGGAGCGCGAACCAACCAGAGCUCGCUCAUCAAGGAGGUGCUGAAGAAUUUCACCGUCGAGAAGUUCAAUGGUGAGGGCUAUGAUGAUUGGGCCUGGAAAAUGCAGCUUUAUUUCCGUCAGAUCGGUUUGCUGAAACUAAUGAUUGGGGAGGAGCCUAGACCGAGUGACCCCGCCCUUCAGGAAGAUUGGGACGAGCGCUCCUCGGCUGGCUACUAUCUGAUGUCGCAGAGUUUGGAGCUGAACCAGCGUCACCACGUCAUGCAUCUGCUGCCGGAGGUUGAAUGCGGUCCGAAGGCGUGGACCGUGUUGAAGGAGCUGCACGCCCCGACCUCCGUUGUUGCAACGUUGAUGCUGGAGAGGGAGCUGUCCGCGUUGCGCCUGAGCGAGGGAGAGCCGGUGCAACCUGUCCUGGACAAGAUGCGCGACCUCUACGCGAAGUUGGCGACCGCGGGAAUCACCUACCCGGAGCAGACCAAGUGCCUGAAGAUGCUCUCGCUGCUGCCGGAAUCGUGGCUUCAAUUCACGAGCGGAUUGAGCCUGCCGCAGAACCAGAGCUCGUGGACGCUCGAGUGGGUGCGGACGAAGAUUCUGGAGGAGGACUUCCGUCGCCGCCAACUGAGGGGUGGGGACGACGGCAGCAGCGGCUACGGGAUGCAAGGGAACCGACGUGGCAGAGGACGUGGCUUCGGUGGUGCUGGGCACGGUGCAAAGAAGGACGACGACUCCAACGACCAACAAGGAGGUACCGGUUGGGGUUGCGGUGCGAAAUCUGGACGUGGGGGCAAGUCGGGUGCUGGUGGCAAAAUGAAAGGGAGUUGCUGGUAUUGUGAGAAGGAGGGGCACCCCUGGUUUUUGUGCUAUAAGAAACCCGAUGGAUGGACCCCCCAGAAUCGUCAACAGGAUGGCGGCGCGCGAAGGAACCAGAAAAACGGCGCGAACAUGGUCGCUGAUUCGUCCGACAACACCCCGAAGAGCAACGGUGGUGCGGAGAAGAAGAAGGAGCGCACCGCAGGCCAGUUCUUCCAUGCAGGAGACAAGGGCGAGCAAGGAGACGCAUCUGCCAAGGUUGGAGCAGAGCUGCACCCCUUGGACUAUUGGGUGUUGGACACGGGCGCUGCAUGGACGAUGACGCCGCGCAAGGAUCUGCUGGACGACGUGCGCGCUGCACCGAUCAAUGAGGUGUGCUCCGCCUCUGGACACGCGCUGAAGGUGGCUGGUGCGGGACGAGCUGCGUUCAAGGGAGCGGAUGGCAAGCCGGUGGUGCUGCACGACCACUAG